UACGCAUCCAUAUUGGUGCACACAUAUUAUUUAGUGUUAUAAAUCAUCCAAUAAUGCGGUGAUAUAUAUAUAUAUAUAUAUAUAUUCCUAAAUAUGGUAAAAUCUAACCGUAAUGAACCUGAAAUCAGUGUCUCGGUGAGAUCGUUCCGCUCCACCAAUGGAGUCUUGGAGCCGAUCCACAUUCCUGUACUCUUCCUUCUUCCUUCCUCGUCUCCUAUGGCAGAAGUAGCGCGAUCGACAUGCAAGUAGAUGAUCUGAUCGGAGAUGGCGACGGCGGCGACGACGACGACGACGACGUCCGAAAGCACUCCGAAGCUGAUCAUGUGCUUCGAACCCAUGGUGAUCUCCAAUAGCACGAUCUGGCAGGGCAUCAGCCCCCUCUCCUUCGGCCUCCCUGUCUUCCUCCUCCAGCUCGUCCUUGUCGUCCUCACCACCCGCGCCCUCGUCCUCCUCCUCCGCCCCCUCAACCAACCUCGCGUGCUCGCCGAGAUCCUCGGUGGCAUCGUUCUUGGGCCGUCGGUGAUGGGUCGGAUGGAGAUCUUCGGCGUCUAUAUCUUCCCGGCGCGGAGCCUGUUGGUCAUGGAGACGAUCGCCCACUUCGGGCUCCUCUGUUUCCUCUUCCUCGUCGGCGUGGAGAUGGACGUGACGAUGGUGCGGCAGACGGGGCGGAAGGCGUUGGCCGUGGCGGCGGCCGGCAUGAUCCUGCCUUUCGCCACCGGCGCCGUCGCCUCCUUCAUGCUCCAGAGCUUCGCCGGCAAGAACAUCCACCAGAGCGAGUUCCUCGUCUUCCUCGGCCUCGCGCUCUCCGUCACCGCCUUCCCUGUCCUCGCCCGCAUCCUCGCCGAGAUCAAGUUGCUCAACUCCGACAUCGGCCGCCUCUCCAUGUCCGCCGCCAUCAUCAGCGACACCUUCACGUGGGUAAUCCUGGCCUUGACCAUCGCGGUGACGCAGAGCAGAGGCACCGCGUGGGCCUCCCUCUGGAUCCUCGCGUGGGGCGUCGCCUUCGUCCUCCUAUGCUUCUACGGCGCCCGACGGGGCAUGCGGUGGCUCAUGCGGCGGCGGAUUUCGGAGGGCCAGUCCGUGGGUGACUUCCACGUCUGCCUCAUGAUAACCGGCAUGAUGGCGGCGGCCACUGUCACCGACGCCAUCGGCCUCCACUCCGCCUUCGGGGCAUUCAUGUUCGGCCUCGCCGUGCCCAACAAAGGCCCCCUCGGGGUGGCGCUGCUGGAGAAGCUGGAGGACCUCGUCACCGGACUGCUGCUGCCGCUCUACUUCGCCAACAGCGGCCUCAGAACCAAUCUGUCCACCGUCACAGAAGGCCGGACGGCGGCGCUCCUCUUCGUAGUGUUCGUGAUCGCCAGCAUCGGCAAAGUCGCCGGUACCGUUAUUAUUUCCCUCUUCUACUUGAUCCCAUUGCGCGAGGGCCUCUCUCUUGGCUUCUUGAUGAACACCAGAGGCGUGGUGGAGAUGAUCAUUCUUGAGAUCGGAAGAGAUCGAAGGGUUCUGGACGAUGAAGCCUUUGCGGUGAUUGUGAUGACCUCGUUGGUGUUAACGUCGCUGGUGACGCCGGCGGUGAGGUACCUCCACCGUCCGGUGCGGCGGCGCUUGGGGUACAAGCGCCGGACCUUGCAACGCUCGAGCGCCGACGCCGAGCUCCGGGUGCUGGCCUGCGUCCACAACACCCGCAACGUCCCGUCCAUCCUCAGCCUCCUCAGGCUCUCCAGCCCCACCAAGCGCUCCCCCAUCUUCGUCUACGCCCUCCACCUCAUCGAGCUCACCGGCCGCGCUUCCUCCCUGCUCAUCGUCCACAACGCCGCCACGAGCGGCGGCAGCCGCAAGCACGCCGCCGCAGCGAACGAGCAUCCUUCCGACCACAUCUCCCACGCCUUCCAGAGCUACGAGCAGCAGGCCACCAGCAUCUCUGUUCAAACCCUCACCAUCAUCUCGCCCUACGCCACGAUGCACGAGGACGUGUGCGGCCUCGCCGAGGAGAAGCACGUCGUCCUCAUCCUCCUCCCCUUCCACAAGCAGCAAACCGUCGACGGCGGCAUGGAGCCUAUCGAUCCCUCCAUCAAAGCCCUAAACGAGAACAUGCUCUUGGGUUCGCCUUGCUCCGUCGGCGUCCUCGUCGACCGCGGCCUCAGCAGCAAAAGCCGCUCUGGUCGCAACUCCUACAGCGUCGCCCAGCUCUUCUUCGGCGGGCCCGACGAUCGCGAGGCGCUGGCCUACACAGCGCGCAUGGCGGAGAACACCUGCGUCAAUCUCACCGUCGUGCGGUUCGUCCACGGCGAGGCGGCGGCCUCCGCUGCAAGAUCAGCCGAGGGCCUCCAAGACGAGCAACUGGACAACUCGUUCCUGACCGAGUUCCGGCUGAGAAAGGUGGGCGAAGAGUUGGCGACCUACUCCGAGAACGCGGUGAACAACGCGGAGGAGAUGAUGGAGGUGAUCCGGACGAUUGAUAGCGGGAGGUACGACUUGAUCGUGGUGGGGCGGAGGCAGUGCGAGGCGGCGCUGGAGCUGAUGGCCGGGUUGGCGGAUUGGACAGAGUGCCCGGAGCUCGGGACGCUGGGGGACUUUCUGGCGUCGGCCGACUCCGCCACGACGACGGCGUCGGUGCUGGUUGUGCAACAAUACUUGGGGGAACCGGUGGGGGGAUGCGGGCCGAGCAUGACGGAGGAGGAGUUGGAACGGGGGUUGCGGCAUCACCUGAACAAAGGGGACCGUCGAACGGCGGACGGUAACGGCGCGGCGGCGCAACCGCUCAACGCCGUCCACUGGUAUUGAAAGCAAAUUACGGUUUUAAUUCUUUUCUUUAUUUUUUU